CUUAGCAGAAGCUACAGGGCAGGGCGACUUAGAAAAGGUAUCAGAAACGAUUUGUACACGGUCCGUAGCACACCUAGUACAACUCUUCUAUCCAGCUUCCAUUUCGCCAGGAAAACAUAAUCCACUUACAUCAGCAAAAUGCGUGAGUGUAUUUCUAUCCAUGUUGGUCAAGCUGGAGUCCAAAUCGGAAAUGCAUGUUGGGAACUGUAUUGUCUGGAACAUAAUAUACAUCCUAAUGGUAAUAUGGAACACGAAAAAAUGAUGAUGUCUAAUGGCGACGAAUCUUUUAACACGUUCUUCAGUGAAACAAGCCAUGGAAAACACGUACCUAGAGCAGUUUAUGUUGAUUUAGAACCAAAUGUAGUUGAUGAAGUUAGAAAUGGUACGUAUAGACAGUUAUUUCAUCCCGAACAGUUAAUCAGUGGAAAAGAAGAUGCGGCAAAUAACUACGCAAGGGGCCAUUAUACCGUUGGUAAAGAAAUUGUGGACCUGGUUCUGGAUAGAAUAAGAAAAAUGGCUGACCAAUGUACUGGACUUCAAGGGUUUCUGGUAUUCCAUAGUUUUGGUGGAGGAACCGGUAGUGGAUUUUCGUCUUUAUUGAUGGAGCGUUUAUCGGUAGACUACGGCAAAAAGAGUAAACUAGAGUUUGCGGUUUAUCCAGCACCCCAGAUUUCUACUGCUGUGGUAGAACCUUACAACUCUAUUCUGACAACCCAUACCACAUUGGAACAUUCAGAUUGUGCUUUUAUGGUAGAUAAUGAAGCUAUUUAUGAUAUUUGUCGUCGUAAUCUGGACAUUGAACGACCAUCCUACACAAAUCUUAAUCGUUUGAUCGGACAAAUAGUCAGCUCUAUAACUGCUUCCCUCAGGUUUGAUGGGGCUCUGAAUGUCGACCUGACAGAGUUUCAGACCAAUCUUGUUCCUUAUCCACGAAUUCAUUUUCCUUUAGUGACGUAUGCACCCAUUAUUUCAGCGGAGAAGGCUUACCAUGAACAAAUGUCUGUAGCAGAAAUAACCAAUGCUUGUUUUGAACCUUGUAACCAAAUGGUGAAAUGUGAUCCAAGAAACGGCAAAUAUAUGGCAUGCUGUAUGCUGUAUCGUGGCGACGUUGUACCAAAGGACGUGAACGCGGCCAUAGCAACAAUCAAAACCAAACGAUCUAUUCAAUUUGUUGAUUGGUGUCCUACUGGGUUUAAAGUUGGAAUCAACUAUCAGCCGCCGACUGUUGUGCCUGGUGAGCGAGUGACGGGUGCUGACUUGGCGCAGGUUCAACGAGCUGUUUGUAUGUUGAGUAAUACGACCGCUAUCGCUGAGGCAUGGGCUCGUCUUGACCACAAGUUUGAUCUUAUGUAUGCUAAAAGAGCCUUUGUCCAUUGGUAUGUCGGAGAAGGUAUGGAAGAGGGGGAAUUUGCUGAAGCCAGAGAAGAUCUUGCUGCUUUGGAGAAAGAUUAUGACGAAGUUGGCGUAGAUUCGAUCGAAGAUGCCGAAGAGGGAGAUGAAGAAGGGGAGGAAUAUUAGAGAAAAAGAACAAAUACUGAUAUUUUCCUAUGGAAUUGUCCAUGCUCAAUUUUUAUUGUACACAGGCUUUGGGAACAAACAAUAUCCCCUUUGAUAUGCUUUUUAGUAAUUGUGAAAUAUUUUCGCUUGAUAAAUUCCAAGAUCAACUAAUUAAAGCAACUCUUGCCCUAAAAAAUGGUUGGGAUCUAAGAGAUGCAACUUCUCUUGAUACAAAAGUGCAGUAUUUUCUGAUAACUAAUAAAGGUCUUGACAAGGAAAAGUUACCCUUUUUUU